AUGCUAACUGUUCCGAGCUACGGGUUUGAGCAUCAGUGCAAAGAGAUUCACGAUUCUUGGGGACAGUUAAAUCGGUUAGUCCUUGGUUUAGCUAUGCGUACAAGACUUGAAAGGCAGCAAAUUAGAGAGACAUACAAGGCAAUCUAUGGGGAGGACUUGGUGAAGAGGCUACAAGAUGUGGAAACCAGUGGAAUUAGCAGAAAUGAGGCUGCAGGGGUUUCCCCAAAACUAUGUGCAGCCUUGCCUCUCUGGAUGCUUGACAUGCAUGAAUGCGACGCCGUUGUGGCUCGGGAAGCCCUGCAGCAAGAUAAUACCAACUACAAGGCUCUUGUGGAAAUUUUCGUUGGUCGAAAAUCGAGUCACAUUCUUCUCAUGAAACAGGAAUAUCAAGCAAGAUUCAAAAGGCAGUUAGACCAAGAUAUCAUCAAUAUUGAACCUCCCAAUCCAUACCAAAAAAUUCUUGUGGCCUUAGUUGCUUCACAUAAAGCGCAUCAUUUAGAUGUUAGUAAUCACAUAGCCAAGUGUGAUGCAAAAAGGCUAUAUGAAACAGGGGAGGGAAGUCCAGGGGCAAUUGAACGAGGUGUGGUCUUAGAAAUACUAAGUAAAAGGAGUGUUCCACAGUUGAAGUUGACAUUUUCUAGCUAUAAACGCAUCUAUGGCCAUGACUAUACCGCGUCACUUAAGAGGGGAGAUUUUAGAGAAUUCGAAAAUGCUCUGGGAGUGGUUGCAAAAUGCAUUUACAAACCACCCAACUAUUAUGCAAAGACAUUGUACGGAAGCAUUAAGGGGAUUACAGGUGAUAAAGCGGCCAUAGAACGAGUAAUGGUAAGCAGGGCUGAGGUUGAUAUGGAUGAAAUUCAAAGAGUUUACAAAAAGAAAUAUGGAAUCCAACUGAGAGAUGCACUAAGCCUGUGUGAGAACAUUCCAUCCACGGAUUAUAGAGAUUUUCUUGUUGCAUUGGCCACCAAAAUGAACGAAUUGUGUUAAUUUGUGGAGAACAGGCAGAGAUUAGAGUAUCUCUAGCUUUCUACAUUUCUAUACUGCAACGAUAUUUACUAGAGCCCCCCAUAUA